CAUACACGCAUGUGAAUGCCCGCCUGCGAUCGCUAACCCCUCCUUCAAUCGCGUGCCUAUCAACCCACCCCACGAUAAUAACACUCAGCCGUGAGCCAGGCUCGGGGGCAUGGUUACCGGCCACUAUCGCGCUCCAUCAUCAAAGACCAGACCGCAAUGAGGUUGCCUUGAUAUUUUGACAAUGGCCGCCACAUCAAGCGAGGCCAAGGACGGCAAGUCCUUCUACGGCUUUUUGUUUGCGAAAGCAAAACCGAUCCCCGUGCCGACCCCCAUCUUCGAUGCACUCCUUCGAGCCAUCGCGCAGCAUAUUGCGAGCGAGCUGGGGGACAAGACUGACGCCCACUUGACCCCUGCGAAACUAGCCGCCUUCUACAAGACUGCCGGCCAUGAUUGGGACUCAUUCUUCGUCGACAUGCCCCAUGCGGGCAUCUCCACGGUUUACCAAGGAUUGGGCUGCCAGCACUCCCUUUUGCCGGGCGACGACGAUUUUGCCGCCCCCUCGAUUCCGGCGCUCACGACCAAAGGCUUCGUGCGCUGGCAGGCAAUCCAGACCUUGCUGGAACCCCAGAUACAGGUGCCAGUACUGCAGUAUGCCGCCGCUAACUGGGCUCUGAAGCACCCCGACACGGGCACUCCGCUGCCCGCCGAUCUUCCGCAGGAGGCUUUCCCAGCCGACGUUGACUCCGACACUGAUCGUUGGUAUCAGGAGUGUGCGCAAAGGGCACGGUCGAAGCUGGCCGCCGAGGAGGAGGCCGAGGCGCCCAAGGAGACCGCUCAGCCCGAGUUCGCUGAACGCAAGGUUCCCUACACCCACGUCCGUGUCAACCCGGCAUCGCCGCGCGACUACUUCGCUUCGCGGCCUGUCAACGUUGCUUACGUUCGUAUUCCAUCGCCUCGCCACACGCCGACGGGCAGAUCCCCUGAGCGGGAGCGGGAGCGGGCCCGGGAGCGAGAGCACUUUGUGCGCCGUCCCACGGCGUCGCAAGAAGAUCCCGCCCCACGCCGCCGGAGUUUCUCUGACUAUCCGCACUCGCCACAAGAUGCACGCCCCGCACGGGUAACACGUCUCGUGCCCGACAGGGAACCACAUCGCCGCCGGCAUAGCCAACCCCGACGUUACAGCAGCACGUCGUCAGGCUCGGAUGAUCCGGCCAUCAGUCCGCGGAGUACUCCGCGACAUACUGGACGGUCAAAUGAGCCACCACCAAUCUCCAUUCGCCGCGUCUACACCAACAGCUCUGAGGACUCGCCACGUGUCGUUCGCACCACGGCGGGCCCAAGCCCGGUUCCUCCGUCACACAUGCACUCGUCUCGGUCAUCCGAUGCCGGGCGCACGCCAAGCUACGACGACGGCAAAUGGCAUAGCACUCUCUCCGAUAUCAAGGAAAAAAUCACUAGCUUCAUCAGCCCAGCAGAUAGAGCACGCAGCGUAAGCAGCUCGCGUGGGAGACGAGAGAGACCUCCCCGGUCGGCAGGGGUCUCGAGAGAGGAUGUACUGCCCAAUUCUCGCUUGAGCCGGUCAUGGUCCGAGAUCGAUACCGACGACACCGACCUGGAAGAGGAACGGCGGAGGCGCAGCAGGCGACAAUCCAGCGAGCUCAAAGACUACCAUCGCCGGGAAAAGGAGAGAGAGAGAGAACGGGACCGGGAUCGGGAUCGGAUCUACCGGGACCGGGAGCGAGAGCGAGAGCGGGAGCGGGAACGGGAUCGGCCGUCUCUCCGGGAGCGCGACAGAGCGCACAGCGAGAGCGACCGGCACCGCCUCGCCGAGAGGCGGGACGCCGCCCGAGACAUUCGUGACAGGGCCGAGCGUCUCGUCCCCAGCCCGAGCCCCGCCGCCUCCGCCGCCGCGUCUGCCCUGAACCGUGACGCCGGCCCUGGCACCCCGCUCUCGGGCGCCGCCGCCGCGGCCCGGCGCCGCGUCAACUCGGACGACGACUACGACCACCUCUCGUCGUCACGUCGCGGGCUGUAUUCCACCGGGUCCGUCGUCGACGGCGGCGGCGGCGGCGGCGGUAGUGGUGGUUAUACCCGGCGCACCAGCAGCCACACCGAUCUGGACCGGCUGGAUGGGACGCGGAGGCGGGCCGAGUGGGACAGCAUCCGUGUCGACCGGGGGCGAGACCGGGACAGGGAGAGGGAGCUGAUGAUGAGGGAACGCGAGCGUGAGCGCGAUCGCGAUCGCGAGCGCAUCAGGCUAGAGAGCAGGGAGCGGGAGCGGGAGAGGGAGCGGGAGCGGUUCAGGGACGAUAGCAGUGGUGGCGGUGGUGGGGAGCGGUGGCUAAGAGAAGGGGAACGCUUGCCUAGAGAGCGGAAUCGUGAUCGUGAUCGUGAUCGCGAUCGCGACCGGGAGAGGGAGAGGGAGAGGAUGCCCAGCCCGGCCAUGUCGGCGUCCGGGGUUACCGGUGUCGGCGGGAGAAAGUACCCCGAGACGAUGCCCUGGGACCACUGAGAACCUGAUGGACAACUUACUGUUGGGGUAGGGACGAAGAGGGCGCUGGAUGGGGUGUCCUUGUUAUGAUUGACGAUGGGACGGCAAAAACAUACUCAUGUGACCUGUGGGAUAGAAGACAUGCUUUGCGAAUUCACGGCGUUUGGACGGCGUAUGUGCCUGUAUGUUGAUGCGCAUAAUAGAGGGAAUUUUUUUUUUUUUUUUUUGCCGAGAUCUCCAACCUCAUCUCGUUUAGUCUUUACCUACCUUGCCAGGAGGCAAUAGUGAGUGA